CUCACGCACCAGUUACGUCUGACCGUAAAAAAUAGAAACUUCCAAGAUGGCCGAGGCCUUAGACUCCAUGCAUUUCGCAGCAAACAGCAAAACAAAUUCCCCUAAACCCCUGAUAGCUAAACGACCGCCGGAAAGCCGACCGCAGUCUUCCAGCGAGAUUUACCCACCGCCCCCUAAGAAGGUCCGGGUGGAGGAGAAGGGCCUGAAACACAGGAAACUGAACGGAGAGGCGUGCGCAGGGGAAAAACACAACGGGAAGCAGAGUUGUGGGAGCCCAGCGAAAUGGAGUUUCGGCCCGGCCAAGGCGAGCCACUCCACCGCCGUGGCGGUGCCCGCUACUCCCGCUCGGAAAAUAUUCAAAAUCAGCAACUUCCUCGCCUCGCCUCACAAAGUUAAAAAGGCGAAAGAGAAACGGCACAAGGAGAAGGAGAAAACCAGUGAAGCGCAGCGAAGCUCGGUCGUUAGUCUGGAGGGAGUGAUCCCAGCUAGCUGCCAUACAAAGACCGAGAACGGCGACGUGAAAAUGCUACAGAGAGAUCAACAUGUAAAGGAGAAAGACCGAGAGAAGAAGAAGGAAAAGAGUAAAGAGUGGAAAAAUCACAAAUUGCCACCUGUACAUGACAUUGCAAGAGAAAACGGAGAAGUGAUGUCUCCACAGAAAGAGUCGAAGGAUACGCCUAAAGCUGGUUCUGAGGAAGACCUCCUGCUGAAGAAACUCAAAAGGAAGAAGAAAAAGAAGCACAAAGAUGGUGAGCGAGUUAAGGAGCGGCACAGUCGACCUAAAAUGUAUCAUCGCUCAUGCCAGACGGUAUGUUCAGGAGUGUCUCUGGGUCCGCCUGAGUUCCUCAGUCGAAUUAAUGGGAACAACAGCAGUCUACUCCACACCUCUGCUGCAGCACCACAACAACACUACCAGGAUCCUCCUGGUGCUGCCGCUACCUCUGCCUCCAUCUCCUCUAUGGUCAGAGACAGGAUCGGCUACAGCUCCCCGCUCCACUGCACCCCAGUGCCAGGCAUGUCAGGUCUGGAAUUUGGCCAUCUGAUCCACAUCGAGCAGCAGGCCAACGGCGGGGCGUCUGUAGCACACGCCUACACCGAGCAGCUCUCCUGCCUGUCUCCGGCUGAGAUGCAGCGUUUUGCCCAGGAGUUUGUGACUCUGUCGUUCAGCGAGGACGAAGCCCAGGCUGCAGGUUUUGUGAUGGGAAUCGUCCAUGGAGCGGCAUCCUACCUCCCAGACUUCCUGGACUACUUCUCCUACAAGUUCCCCAAUGCGCCAGUAAAGAUGGAGGUGCUUGGGAAGAAAGACAUAGAGACGACAACCAUGGUCAACUUCCACUCUCAGGUGAAACGGACAUAUUCCCAGGGAACGUACCGUGCCGGGGCCAUGCGGCAGGUCAGUCUGGUAGGUGCUGUGGACGAAGAGGUUGGAGACUACUUCCCUGAGUUCAUCAGCAUGUUAGAGGAAUCUCCCUUUCUGGAGCGGACUCUGCCCUGGGGGACAUUUUCCAGUCUGCGGCUGCAAAGCCCCACUGAGAGCGAUGAUGGCCCUAUUAUGUGGGUCAGACCAGGAGAACAGAUGAUCCCUAUGGCAGACAUGCCAAAAUCACCCUUCAAAAGGAAAAGGUCCACCAAUGAGAUAAAGAACCUGCAGUAUCUACCCAGAGCCAGUGAGCCCAGGGAGAUGCUGUUUGAGGACCGGACAAGAGCCCACGCAGACCACAUCGGUCAGGGGUUCGAGAGACAAACUACUGCUGCUGUAGGUGUGCUAAAGGCUGUGCGCUGCGGAGAGGAGAGUGACUCUCCUGCCCGGAUCACCAAAGACGUUGUGUGUUUCCACGCUGGAGAUUUCCCAGAUGUGGUCAUGAGGCUGCAGCUGGACCUUCACGAACCUCCGCUGUCUCAGUGUGUACAGUGGAUCGAUGAUGCCAAACUGAACCAGCUAAGGAGGGAGGGGAUCCGAUACGCCCGAAUCCAACUCUACCACGACGAUAUCUACUUCAUUCCCAGAGGAGUUGUCCACCAGUUCAAAACUGUGUCUGCAGUAUGCAGUCUGGCCUGGCAUAUCCGACUCAAACAGUAUCACCAACACGAAGAGGAGGAUGAGGAAGUGGUGCAAGAAGAGGAGAAGUGUACACCUAGAAAAGUAACACUUCUUAUCAAAGAAGAGGAGGAAGACGAGGUUGAGGGAAAGGAUUGUGAGCCUGUGAAAAAACUGAACGAUGAGGACAACAAAGGAGGGGAGUGGCCAACCUCAAAAACUCCAACACAGAUUUUCAAGGAAGAAGCACAGGAGAACGGAGCCGAGAUGAAGGGGUUGUCAACGACACAGUCGCUACCUUUCGUCAAGAAGGAGAGAGAUGAAGGUGUACUCACUCAAACACUAAUGGAGCCCAAAGCUGAAGAUGAAGAAGGGAAGGUAGGGGCAGAUGGAGGCGCAGACAUGUGCCAGCCACUGCAGAAGGGCCAUGAUGAGGGUGGAGUGGACAGUGCAUCCUUAAAGUCACAACAGCAAAUUAGGAAGGAGAAUGAUGUGGAGGAAGAGAGGCAGCAAAAGACAACUGUACCAGGUCAAGGUCUAAAAGAUAAAACUAAAGAUAGUAUAUUGAGCACUUACAACACACCACAAAUAAAAAAGGAUAAAGGAAAAAGAGACAAAGAUGAAAAGGAGAGGGUUAAAGAGAAGAAAGACAAAGAUAGGAGUAAAGAGAAGGAAAGGGAUAAAAAGGAUAGAGGCAAAGACAGGGAUAGAGAGAAGGACAGGGUUAGAGAGCAGGAGCAGGUUAAGGCCGAGGGAGGAAGAGAGGGUGGUACAUCUAUGCAGCCAUUGCCGCAGAUGAGGAAAAAAGAGGAUGAGGAGCGGACAAGAGAGGGCAGUAAAGCCUCUCAAACUCCCCUGCCUGCACAGAGAGACGAGAAGUGGGCCAAGGAGUGGGACUCAAAGACCACACCCCAGGUUAAGAGAGAGAAGGAGCAUGAUAAAGACAGAGGAGGCACACAGGGAGUGUCGCACUUACGGCCAGACAGAGAGGAGACUCGAGAACCGUGUCAUAAAAUCAAGUCUUCACACGGUAAGAAAGAGAAAAGCGGGCACAGGGAAGGCAAAGAGGGCAAUAUGUCGAGUAUGCAGGGGGUGCAGGCAAAGUUAGGGAGAGAAGAAGGGAAGACUCCCAAGUCUGCAAACAUUCAUGUUAAGAAAGAUGGAAAGAAGGAAAAAGACAUCAACAGUAAAGAGGAGAGGAAGAAACCUGCCUCUGGUCCUGUGCCACCAGAACACAAACCACCAAGGACGCUUAUCACCUUUGACCUCUUUAAGCCGAUGGAGGCUCACCAAACUCUUGCCCUUUCCUUCACAGAAAGUCGACCUAAAACCCACCAUCACAGUGUCUCUCGAGGCUCUUCCUCUAAGCCCGGAUCUGACAGUCGGACAGUUGUGCCCUCUAAAGGUCCAAAAGUGCAGGGUAAACCUGCCACCUCCCUACAGGACACUCGGCCACAGCAGCACCCGUUAAAACAGCCCCUAAAAACACACACACCCCACACACAGAAAGAAUUCUUAAUAUGAAUGUCUAGAAGUCUAGUCUUCGUUUUUUACUGUACAACUUACGGCGAGGCUUUGUUAAAGUAUUUGAAAAUGCAUCCUUCCUUCAGACAUCAACUGGUCUCUCUAAUUUGUAAUCAAUGAGCGGGGGGCAUUCCAUUUCUUUGCUGACACAGCCACAUUACACCAGUGACGUAGUGAAAAGAGGAUGCACUCCCCAAGUAUUUUAUCACUGCCUAAGAAUGUAAGCUAAGUAGCUCACUUCACGUUUGUUAGCGAAUGUAUGUAGGCUCUAUAUAAUAUGUUUAUGUGACCCAUGUGUCGGUGCCUGUGCACUACUUAGCUUCCCUCUUAAAGCACCUAUUUUAGGUACUGGACGAGCCAAUCUGAAAACAACCAUCCUUACUCCCUGCUAUAGCAAUUACCUAUGUUCACUGUUCUGGACAUUGCAGCAAGUCACCAAGCUUCUGCUGAAAUCCUCUUUGCCAUGUUGCUUUGAUCUAUGGGGUUAGUGGUUUAUAACACUCCAAACUCGGAGCAAGUAGUUGUUUUCAGAAUGGACGUUGUUCACACACGCUCACACAGGGCUGUAAAUGCUGUAUGUACCAAAACUGUACAGUAUAGAUGUUAUUAGCACCAAUGUGAGAAAAUGUAUACAUAAAUUGCAUAUAUAUUUUUUGUAAGACAAGUUUUAUUUUCCAUAGAACUUAUUUAUAUCAUUUACUGUCUGUUUUUAUUUGAAACCAAUGUAUGUGAACAUUUUGUUGUAAAUACCUUUUAUUUCCUAAGAUAAGACUUGGUAGUGUGAUUUAUACUCUGAUCAGAACCUCAAUAAAUGGUUCAAAAAUAUUGA